ACAAACUUUAUGCAGAAACUACUAAUCAAGAAACAUAAAAAAAUUUCGAAACCUCUCUCUGUUUCUGUCUCUCUCAAUAAUUAUGAAACUAAUAAUACAUCAAGUCUUCAUCUUUUGGUUCUUCUUACCAUUCUCUGCACUCUCCGGUGAUCAUGGUGAUUAUAAAAAUCUCAUCUUUAAAGGUUGUGCAAACCAGAGGUAUCCAGACCCAACUGGUGUUUUCUCUCAGAAUCUCAAAAACUUGUUCGCUUCUUUGGUUUCUCAGUCAGGACAGAGCUCUUUCGCGUCCACAACCUCUGGAACUGAUAACGCCACCGCCGUGAUCGGUGUUUUUCAGUGCCGCGGCGAUCUCCACGCUCCUCAGUGCUCUGAUUGCGUAUCUAAAAUCCCUAAACUCGUAUCUAAACUCUGCGGAGGCGGCGGAGACGACGGUAAUGUGGUGGUGGCGGCUCGUGUUCAGCUCGCCGGGUGUUAUAUCCGGUACGAAAUCUCGGGAUUCCGGCAAACUUUCGGUACGGAGAUGUUGUUUCGUCUCUGCGGGAAAAAACAGAGCAGUGAUCCUGGGUUCUCCGGGAAGAGAGAUACAGCUUUUGGUAUGGCGGAGAACGGUGUGAUAACCGGAUCAAGCGGCAGCGGUGGUGGUGGUGGAGGAGGAGGAGGGUUUUACGCGGGGCAGUAUGAGUCGGUGUACUAACUAUUAAUAUUGAUUUAAGAUUGUUUGCAUCA